AUGGCCCUUAUCAGUGGGCUUCUCGAGAAUUCGAAGGUGCCACCCUCAUCUAUUCCUACCGAUCAUAAUAUCUUAAACCAAGCCAAUGAUGCAAUUUUCGCCUGUCUGGUCGCCGGGGAACCCGGCGCUGCCUGUCGCCUUGCUCUAGCUCAUGGUCUUCCCGGAUUGGCCAGUCUUUUAGCACAAGCAACUGCUGGAGAUCCAUUGGUACGCCAUGGCCUUCAAAAACAACUUGACAUAUGGCACAAAACCCAGUAUGACCGAUUUAUUCCAAUUACUCUGCUUCGGAUCUACGCUCUUCUCGCUGGUCUGCCACUUCUUCCUGUCAGCCCAAAUCACCCUCAACUGGCUAUUUCAGAGUCUUCCUAUUCUGGACAACUAUUUGCCUCAGGUCAACUACAUGUUCUCUCAGGAGUCGACUGGCUACGCUGUCUUGGCGUGGUGAUCUGGUAUUUGUCAGGCCACGAAACCAGCUUACCCAAAGUUUUGCACAUCUACAGUCAACUCUGGCAUCGACGUCGCCCCACAUUAUCCGGUAAUCAGGUUGAACCCCUAUCUGACCAUCGGUAUCAGUCACCCAGACCAGAAAAGUUCCAGGCUAGUUUUUAUCGUCCCCAGCCCGAGCUCAUUAGCCGUCCUUCUCCACCCUCACUCGGCGAUAUGUCGCAGCCACCACCUUCCACACCCAUACCCACUGUUGGCUAUCCUGACGAGCUGUUCGAGGAGGCUACUUUACCCGAGAUGGCCACAUCCAUCAAGCAACUCCCUGGCUGGCGCGAUUGGCCCCGUGACACUGCCUAUCAUCUUUUACAGUUGGCCUGUCGUCGCUGGCAUCGCCUCGAACGGACCCUUGAUCCCUGCUCCAUUAUCCGCUGUGCUCCCAUGCUAGAUUCCGGCACGCAAGAUACCAGUCAUAGAGCUUCUUAUAAAUCAGUAAUUUCACCUAUUGCUACCCCUUCAGCUUGCUUGCUUGACUGGGCACCAGCUUGGCACCUAUGGAGAGUGUUGUAUGCCCUCGGAUAUCGUCACCUAUCUCAGCUAGCCGUUAGUCGACUACAUGCGGAAUUUGCUAGCCAGCUUGAAGAAGCGGGUCUCUGGGAAUGGGCUUGUUUUGUCCUUGCACAUGAAGCAGAUCCGAAUAGACGUGGUGCUGCUAUCAUGUCUCUUCUUGGCAGGUAA